AUGAAUACCCGUCCCGUCAUCGAUGACUCUGCUGGGCCGAUUGCGCUUUCAGCCUCGUUCAACAGCGAUGCGAGCUGUUUCGCCAUUGGCCUCGACUCGGGCUUCUGUGUUUUCAAUUCGGAUCCCUGCGAACUCAAGGCUUCCAGAGAUCUGAAUGCCGGAAUCGGUACAGCUGAAAUGCUGGGGCGAUAUAACUAUCUGGCCUUGGUUGGAGGUGGAAAGAACCCAAGAUGGCCUCAGACCAAAGUUAUGAUAUGGGACGAUGCGAAACAAAAAGUUGCUAUCACGUUGGAGCAAAAGACCGCCGUGCUACGCGUUCGCCUGACCAAGUCGUGGAUCGCCAUCGCCAUCCAGAACAGCAUCAACCUCUACAAGUUCUCCUCGCCUCCUGAAAGAACUGCCAUAUUUGAAACUGCAGACAAUCCGCUGGGUCUAUGCUGUUUGGGCUCCAGGAUUGUUGCUUUCCCGGGCCGGUCGCCAGGAAAAGUACAACUUGUGGAGCUGGGGUCGGGCAAUGUAAGCAUCAUCCCAGCGCACACGUCUGCCUUGCGAGCGAUGGACCUGAGCAGGGAUGGACAACUCUUAGCUACUGCCAGUGAGACGGGCACAUUGAUUCGUGUCUUCUCAACCGCAAAUUGUACCAAGAUAGCAGAACUGCGUCGUGGAGUGGACCCGGCCUAUAUUUUCAGCAUAGCCAUCUCCCCUGACUGCAAUAUGCUCGCCGUGACGUCGGACAAAUCGACCUUACACGUCUUUGAUCUGCCGCCAAAUCCCUCUUCACAGUCGCAACCCACCAGCCCGCUCAGCCCGACCUCUCAACAACGCCGCUCUCAGUCACCACAUAUUCCCGCCUUGCCUGAAGAAGAGCCAGCGACGAACCAGAAAUGGGGGUUCCUUUCGAAGAUUCCCCUGCUCCCCCGCGUUUUCUCAGACAUCUACUCGUUUGCUUCCGCGCAUUUUGAGAUGGGCGAUGAGACUGCCGGCUUUAAUCAGUCGACACUAUCCUACUUGCCCGCGCUGGGGUCCUUGCCAAACCGGCCACAGAAAGGGAUUUUGGGAUGGAUUGAAAAUUCCACGAUCAUCUGCAUUGGCACGGGAAGAGACGCGCGAUGGGAAAGAUUCAGAGUUGGCGAAAGACCCGGGGUCUCGGACGAAGCAAAGACGAUCAAGAACGGCACCGUCAAAUAUCUGGCCUCUGGCGCACAAGUGGCAGUGUCAGACUAUGGAAAUGGACAUCACCAUAGCGCGGACAGAUAUCAGGCGCAACGAGACAGUGAGAACAUUCCACGACGGACAUCAGUCGCACCCUAUCCGCCAAAAUCAAUACGAAAGGACACCUUUCUCGACACUUUUGAACCGGGAAAGGGGAAGAAGAAGACGAAGACCCACGAAAAUCUAUACGUUGAGGAGAACGGCUCAAAGGCAAGGCCUACGAGUUAUUCAUCGGGCAUUAAUGGACGGAACGCCGACUACCAUUUCGACUUGAUUUUGAUUUCCACGCCGCCAGCAGAGAAAAGGAAAAAGGUGGACCGAGAGCGACUGCUCACGGAAAGUGAGAUAAAAGUGGAGAGUACACAGAUACAUGCAAAUCAAAGCAUCUUCAACUCCAAAAGUCCCAAGGCUCCAGCGGUGGAGGUACAGGUAACGGUGGAUAUUGCCAAUGCUGAGACUGAUAAAACUGCUGCGCUGGGUGCAAAGGCAGAAGGUGAAAAUGCGGCGGUGCUGGCCAUUGCCAGAAUCCAGUCCCAGGAGCAGGAUCCAACAGACUCGAAGGUUGCUGAAAUGUCUCCAGGGCGGAGUCAAGGCUCAGAACAGGCGCCGGAUCAAGACCAGAAUUUGCGUCACGACCAAUACCGUGACUAG